AUGCAGUCUGCUAAUGUGCUUCUGAAAAAAAUUGUCACAAGUUCUGUCCUUUCAUUUGCUGCGCAACAUGGGAUGAAAAAGGAUUUGUUUCCACUCAGUAGAACUCUGAGUUCAUCGCUUUGCCUGAAGCAGGACAAUUCAUGCAGUCCCUCAGAAAAACUAGAUUUAGAUGCCUGGAAGAAGGUAAUGAAGUCUGGGGUGCAAGAAGAAGUCAGUGAGACGGUCUCUGAGCAUAAGGAGCUUUCCAGUUUGGCUGCUGCACGUGAGAUUUUGGAGAUGUGGAGACUAGCUGGCAGAUCAGUUCCGGAAAAUAUCAGUGAAGAACAGCUAAAAACCUUUAUGGAAUGUCCUUCCAAGUCAGCCAAAAAGAAGUACUUAAAAUAUUUGCAUCUCAAAGAACUUUACAAGAGAAACGACAAAAGAAAGAUGGAUGAGAAGAGGGAAAGGAGGCUGGAAACACAAGAGCAAGCUUCAAAAACUGAUGAGACCAGAAGGAAUUCAUUCGUAUGUUUGUGGGCCAACUGUAUGGAUAGAGCAUACAGUUGGAGGGUUGCUCAGUCUAUGAUCUUUGGCCAACCCCUAGUAUUUGACAUGUCUUACGAAAAAGAUAUGUCCGCCCGAGAAGUUGCAAAUACAGUGAGACAGCUAGUGUUAAGUGAAGGCUGCAAUCGAAGAUCUGUGGAUCCGUUCCACAUCCACUUCUGUAACUUGAAAGAUGACAGCCUCUAUCAUAAGGAAUUCAUCAAGCAUUAUAGAGAGGCGUGGGGCAAAUUGCUUAUCACUGUGACAGACCAGUGCUACACAGAUGUCUUUCCAAAGGAUAAGCUUAUCUACCUGACUGCAGAUUCUCCCAAAGUGAUGAAAACAUUCGAUCACAAUAAAAUCUAUAUUGUUGGGUCAAUGGUUGACAGGAGCAUAAAAACAGGAGUCUCUUUAGCACGGGCAAAGCGACUGGGGCUGGAGACUGCGGCCCUUCCGUUGGAGAAGUACUUGCUUUGGAAUACUGGUGCCAAAAAUCUCACACUGGAUCAAAUGAUGCAUAUUUUAUUAACCUUGAAAGAUACUGGAGACUGGAAGAAGGCUCUGGAGUUUGUUCCGAAAAGGAAGUAUUACGGCUUUGUAACCAAGCCUGUGCAUGAACUGAAAAAAACCUUAAACCUGAUCAACACGCUUAAACUUGGAAAGAGACAGGAAGAAGUACGAAAGCAACUUGCCAAGAACUACUCUAAGAAGCUAAUGCAAAAGUAG